UGAAUUUUUUCAACUAUGAGUAAUUUUCCCGGAUUGCUUCCUGAAGUACCUAAUUUAAGUAUAGAUAGAUUUGAUGGAAAUAAUUACUAUUCUACAAUUUAUUUACUCUCACAUUGCCAUUUUGAUCAUUUAGGGGGAAUCGAUGAUCCAUGGUUUUUAGAACAUUUGUUUGAAAGAUCAGAUGUGUUUAUAUACAUGUCCGACGUAUCUGCGCAAAUUCUAAAAGGUCUUAAACCACAUCUUUCUUCAAAAAUAAAACAUUUACCUAUAAACUCUCCAACUCUACUAAAAGUGCCAUCCCAUGAUAAAAACUGUGAUACUUUUAUAAGUGUAACAUUAAUUCCUGCUGGCCAUUGCCCUGGAUCUGUGAUGUUUCUUAUAGAAACGAAUAAAAUAAUAUUAUACACCGGCGAUUUUAGAAUUAAACCACAAGAUAUUAAAAGAUUUACUGCAUUCUAUAUGCUGGGAGAUACAAAUGGUGAUGUUAAAAAUAUCGAUAAAGUUUAUUUGGAUACAACUUUUUUUCAUCCGGACCACCUAAGUUUCCCCUCAAGGGAAGAUGUUGUAAACAACUUGUUUAUCUUUAUUAGUGAAUGGUUAGAGAAGGACGAAAACAAUUUAAUUUUUUUACAUACAUGUGCUCACAUAGGAUAUGAAGACUUGUUUAUAGAACUGUAUAAGAAACUAAACAUUUCAAUUCAUGUAACUCAAAGCUCAAUUGAAUUUUACAAACACAUUCCUGAAAUAGGCAAAGCGGUUACUUUAAAUGAACAUUCAAAAAUUCAUGCCUGUAAAGACAUUAAUCCAAAACUUAGUAAAAAAAUGUGUAAAACGUAUUAUAACAAACAAAAGCAUACGCGAACCAUAAAAUUAUCUGCUUACAGAUGGACUAAAAAACGAUGCGUUGAGAAUUCUUUUUUUGAGAAAUCUAAUGAUAAUUAUAUUCAUAUGUGUUAUUCAACUCACGCCUCUUUUGAGGAAAUUAGAGAAUUUAUACUAUUUUUAAAACCCAAUGAAAUUGAACCAUGUGUCUAUCACGAUAAUGCAGAAAGAAACCAAUUAAUGGAAAAAAUAAUCCAAGAUAUUAUAAAUUCAUAUAAAGCUAAAUUAGAAACUUCCAAAUUUUUACCAGAAAAUGGCGUUUUCAAACUUAAAAAAACAGAUCAAUGUAACAAAAGAGACAUAUUGAAUUUACUAGAGACAGCACCCCCUCUUAAAAAGUUAAAGGGCUUUUCUCCAGUGUGA